UAAUGUGUUGGUCCCUGCACAGGUAAAUAAAGGACCCUCCAACUCUCCAGGUUGGUGUCCAGUGGUCUCAUUCCGGCGCGAUACAACAAUAACAUUCUGUUAUGCUGAUCUUGAGCCAGGCCUUCAGUUAUGGCUGCAAUGGAAACUCCAUCAUUUCUGUUUAAUUUUAAAGGAUGCUAUUUUGCAUCAGAUUUUAUCACACCUGAAUAUCUUGAAACAAUUGAAGAUUUUGAAGUGAGGGACAGUGAUAUAUUUGUAGUCACUUAUCCAAAAUCUGGAACCGUGUGGGCCCAGAACAUUUUGUGCCUGAUUUUGAAUGAAAGCCACCGCAAUGGAACAGGGGGAAAAUCCACAUAUGAUCAGGCUCCAUUUCUUGAUUACAACUUAAGGAACUUGGAUUUGUCCCAGCUACCGUCACCUCGGGUCCUAAUGGCCCAUCUACCAUAUCAUUUGAUUCCAAAGGGGCUGAAAGAAGGAAAAGGGAAAAUCAUCUAUGUAUAUAGAAACCCUAAGGAUGCUAUGGUGUCCUUAUAUCAUUAUUCAAGCUUUGCACAAACGUCAGCAGAUCUGGAAGAGUACAUGCAGAGGUAUUUAGCUGGGAAAGUUGUGUGCAGUUCGAUUUUUGAUCAUGUCAAAGUCUGGUACUCUCAUAAGAAUGAACUCGAUAUUCUCUUCCUUUCCUAUGAGGAGAUGAUUAAGGACCUGAGAGGUGCUGUCUUAAAAGUUUGUGGGUUCAUAGGAAAGCAACUGAGCAGCCAGGAGGUGGACAAAGUUGUGGAGAUGGCUACGUUCGAAAAUAUGAAAAGAGACCCGAGGGCAAAUAAUGUGGUCACUGCUAAAGAAAGAUUCAGGAGAAAGGACAUGCCGCAUCUACGCAAAGGUACCAUUGGAGACUGGAAAAAUAUAAUGACAGUGUCACAGAGCGAAAGGUUUGACAAGGUCUUCCAGGAGAAAAUGAAAGACAUACCUCUCAAAUUCAUCUGGGAUAUUAAAGAAACAAAAAAACCAUGAUUAGCAUGAAAAGUGUAGCAGAAGACAAAGCCUUCCUCUCUUUUCCAGAUAAAAUGCUUAAGUGGUUUAAAAACAGAAUGAAUUCAUUAAUAUUUUAAAUAUAUUUUACUCAAAGCUUUUGGGGAAAGUAUACAUUACAGAGAAGUUAUACAUGUAUUUAUGCAGAAAUGUUUUAACAUUAGGGAAAAAGAUCUGAAAAGUAUGGAAUAAACUAUUUUGUGGUGCCAUCUUA